CCCUUCCCCGUCCCUUCGCUCGGCUCCGAGGGGGAAAACCCGGAGCUCAGAGCCCGCCGGCGAUGAGCCACAUCUACGGCAACCACCUCUCCCCCGUGGGCAGCCCCCCCAUGAUGUACCUCCCGGCCGCCCUGGGCUUCGCCCCCAGCGCUGCGAUUUCCCGGCAGGACCCCCCGCAGAAACCCCCCUACAGCUACAUCGCCCUCAUCGCCAUGGCCAUCAAAGAAGCUCCGGAGCAGAAGGUGACCCUCAGCGGCAUCUACCAGUUCAUCAUGGACCGCUUCCCCUUCUAUCACGAUAACAAACAGGGCUGGCAAAACAGCAUCCGCCACAACCUCUCCCUCAACGACUGCUUCGUCAAGGUGCCCCGGGAGAAGGGACGGCCCGGUAAGGGCAGCUACUGGACCCUGGACCCCCGGUGCUUGGACAUGUUUGAGAACGGCAACUACCGCCGGAGGAAGAGGAAGCCCAAAGCCCCGGGGCCACCGGAGGCGAAGGGCGGCUCAGCCCCACCGCACCCGGGGCCGGCGGCUCGCCCCGACGGGCACAAAAGGGUCAAGGGGAGCGAAGCGGCGGACUCGAGGGACGAGGGGUGCCCCAAGCCGGGGGGGGUCGAGGGGGAAGCGGCUCCCCCCGGGGAUCGGGCCGCGCCCCGGCCGCCCCCCGCCCCCCCCGCCCCGCCGCACAAGAGCGGCCCGCGGGGCCGCAGCUUCAGCAUCGAGAGCAUCCUCGCCCAGGGGCUGAGACAACCGCCCCCCGGGGGACCCCCCAAAGCGGCCCGGGAGAGCCCCGUCGGCUGCCUCGGUGGCUCCCUGGUCGCCCACGGCGGUUUCGGCCCGGCCCUUAAUGCCUCCCUCAUGCUCGACUCCCAGGUGCACGGGAGGCUUUACCACAUCGGCAUCCCCUUCCUCUCCUGCUUCCCCCUCCACUUCUCCGAGGCGGUAUUGAAUUUUCAGUAGUUGCCCCAUAAUUAUACCCUACCCACCCCCCACCCUCCCCCCCCCCCCCCCCCAAUCUCCCCCUCUGGUCGUUGCUCAGGGGCGCAAUGGGAGGGAGAGACCGGACUCAGACCUCACCAAGCAGGUAAAGACCAAAAAAAAAAACCAAAAAAACCAAACCUCCCAAAACCUAUAUUAAAGGUGACUCAGGAUUUCAGGGCAUUUUCAAGGCACAUCUUGCUGCGGAGCUCUCUUUAGCGAUUGCCUCCCACCCCCCCCCGCCAGAUCGACUUUUAAAGGUAAAACACUUUUAUUUUCCCGUGGGUGGUGGAGGUAAAAAGGCAGGGAGGGUGGGGGGCACGCUGGCCUCCAAGCCCUGUCGAGUUUGCUGUGCACCUUUAA